CGGGAACCCUUGGACCUCUCACAUGUGUGAGCGGGAUGCAGAGAUAGGAACUGAUGCUGCCCUUUACGUGACGAGGAUGGGCGCGGGUGACAGGCCCAAUUGUCUCUUAUUGUUGUUCUCCAUCUCAUCCUCCGCCCGUCUUUGAUCUUGUAUGAGGCUACGAUGCGUAUAAGAGCGGCGGUGCAGGCGACGGAACCUCAGACAUUCGGCAGCCAACCCUCCGCGAGCGCACGAUUGAAAUCACCUCCCGCUCUCGCCUUUGUUCGACUUAUUCGAUCCGUGCCCCGUCCUCGCAGCAGCCAGCACCGCACGUUGCAAAAAGCAUGCCUGCCCUUGUGUCCCAAAUAGGAAACGCUCGCAACGCCCCUCAUAAAGGCGCACACCCGCCUUUCUCUCUUCCUCCCGCCCCAGGAGGUGCCUUUCACGAGCCUCCGCGCGCCCUCGACGCGUCCACACACUCGAACAUCGCCACCUGGGCGUCAAACGUCGCUCCAGGCGAGCCCGCACCGCAGUCGCCCCGCACGCAACACAUACCACACGAGGCGCGCCAUAAACACCACUCAUCGAAGCACGCGCCCCCGGCCGUGCCCCUGCCUCCAACUAACGUCCCGACCGUCGACGCAUCUGCGGCGGAUCUCGCCAGGCUGGGUUACACGUCCUUCUUUGUUGACCUCCCCCGCCGCGAGCGGCGCGAAUCGAACGCGCGACCUGCCACCGCCGCUGCCUCAGACUCUGAGUCCUCGUCGACGCCGACCGUAACCAAGAAGUCAGGGUUCUCUAAGACUUUCAAGGCGUUCUCGAAGACCAUGCCUCGUCUCGACGCUCUCCGUUUCCAGUCUACGCCCGCUCUGAACUCUGAGCCCGUCGAGGAGAAGAAGGCCUCUUCGUCGAAGCCAAAGCGCUUCCCGGUCGGCAAGCAGCCCGCGCCGAUGGAGAACGAGCUCGCGCUGAUGCAGUUCCUCGGCGGGGGCAAGGUGGAGAAGCACGCGCGCGAUGUCAUGCGCCAGACCGCCCCGCGCUCGCGCCGCACGUCGACGGGUGGCGGCGUCAGGGCCGCGUACCGCGACGCGAACGGGCAGCACUGGCUCGACCGCGACGAGGCGAUGGAGUACCGUGGACUGCUCGCCGACGACGCGCUCGGCAAGGAGAACGGCCGUCGCCGUGGCAGCGUCUCCGAGGAGGGCCAGGCGCACUCUUCGAAGGCUUCACGUGGCCGCGACAGCCGUCGCCCGCCACCGCCACCGCUGCACCUCGCGCACCCCGACCGGCUCAACAGGCCCUCGAGGAGGGCGGAGUCGACGCACGCGUCGCGGCACGAGUUCACGGACAGCUUCAACCCGGCACCGCCUCUGAGCGCUGCCCUUCCGUCGCGGAGGGACACCUCCAAGGUCCGCCCAUCAUCCUCAAAAGGACGCUCGCUUGUGCCAGCUUUCUUCACUCGCAAGACAUAGAGAACCUAUGUAGAUCGGGACUCGUCGGGGCCUUCUGGGGUAAGGCCUAAUCAUCUUGUACCAAUACACUACUACUAUUACUACCGGACAUCCGUGCCGUCAUAUUGCGCUAUUGUACCUUUUCCAUCUGUCUCCAAUAUUGUCUCCCAUGCUUGGCUCAUUAGCUGUAUUUGUAGCUCCCACUCUCAUUCCUUUCCUUCACGUUUUCAUGUUCAUGGUUCAUGUUCUCUUAUGCUCUUGACGAAAUGACAUCCGUUCC